AUGGCAAUUUACUUGAGGAAUGACGAUAAAAUAUAGUAGUAGUAGAUAUAUGGCAAGUUGCUCAUCAUCAUUCCUCAUAAUGAAAUCUUCACAUUUGGGGUAUGUCUAUAUGGAGCAACCUUCCCUUCGAUAUCUUAGCCAACAUCUUCUCGUUUCUCUCCCCAGACUCGUUAGCUAGAGCAAGAUCAGUUUGCAAGAAUUGGCACACAUGUUCCAAGGCUUAUCGUAUAGCCACAACAACCACCACCUCAUGGUUCUUGGCUCUUCCAAUUCGCAACCAUGGACCACAUUGCUAUGCUCAUAAUCCAGUGAUAGAUAAAUGGCACCAACUCUCCUUACCAAUCCCAUCAAUUCGACCAAUUGCUCCAAUUGGGAGCCUCCUCCUCUCAAGGGUCACCAAUUCCACAACCCUCCAAUUGGGUCUUUGCAACCCCUUCACUAGAGAGUUUAGGCACCUUCCCCGAUUGCAUGUUGCAAGGACCAACCCUGCCGUUGGAGUUGUUACAAUCUCGGAGUCAUCAAAUCCAAACCAUAAUGUUCGGUUUCCUUCCUUUAGAGUCUACGUGGCUGGUGGCAUGUCCGAGGCAGCACAAGGUGGCGGCGCCACGUAUGAAACCAAAGUGGAGAUGUAUGACUCGCGGUUUGACACGUGGCGGAUUGUGGGGUCCACGCCUGUCGAGUUUGCCGUUAGGCUCACCGUGUGGACACCCAAUGAGAAUGUGUGCAUUGGGGAAACGUUGUACUGGGUAACCUCGGCUAGAGCCUACAGUGUCAUGGGAUUUGAUGUUGGUAGAAAUACAUGGAGUGAGUUGGGUGUGCCUAUGGCUGAGAAGCUGGAAUUUGCCACGCUUGUUCCGCGGAAUGGGGCAUUGGGAUUGGUUGGUGGCACGUGUAGUGGGACUGCUUGCAUUUGGGAGCUGAAUGAAGGGGACAAAUGGUGCUUAGUGGAUAAGGUGCCACUUGAAUUGGGGUUGAGAUUGUUGGGAGGGAAGAGUGUUAAGUGUGUGGGGAAUGAGGAUGCUAUUUGUUUGUAUAGGGAUCUUGGAUAUGGGAUGGUGCUUUGCAAGAAGGUAGUAGGGGAAAUAAUGGGUAGGUGGGAAUGGGUUUGGGUUGAUGGGUGUGGUUACACCAAGGGGAAACAAGUAUACAAUUGUCCAAUUAGAGGGGCUCUUGUUCAUCCAAGUCUUGCGUCCUCCUCUCUUAUAUUUUAAACCAGAGUAGUCUUCUUUUUGGAGUGAGAUUGUGAAAGUGUUGUGCGACAAAUUAUUUAUGUUUCAAAUGUUUAUCAAAAUGUAACUUGACUUUGCUACAAACUUAUCCAAAAAAAAUUGUGAAGGUGUAAACAUAGUACUUAAAUUGCACUUAGGUGUAGGCGAAAAUCUCAUCCACAUGAAAUCAAAUCACCUUUCAAUCUUUGCC